GCGAGGACAACUCUGCCGACUCCGACACUCUCCCCGUCUCUCUCACCCAGCUCUCGUUCCAUCAUGAGUUUCGUCUCUGGUGGCACGGGGAACGCCACCGGCUUCUCCUUCGGUGCUCAGCCCGGCGGUGCCGGCGGUGGGUUUUCCUUCGGCGGCGCCGGUGCCCCAACUGCGGCGGCGCCGGGGGCGCAAAUGCCGGCCACCGGCUCAGCCUUCAGCUUCGCCCCGGCCACCGCGGCCGCCCCGGCGGCGUCGUCGUCCGGGUUCUCGUUUGGCGGCGCCGGUGCCGGGACAGGUGCCAACACCGGAUUCUCGUUCGGUCAGUCGGCCAUGGGCGCCCCUUCUACCGCCGCAGCUGCCCCUUCAGUAUCUGCCGCAGCUGCCCCCGCCGCUGCCCCCACCGCCGCCACGGGGUUCCAGCUUGGAGGAGCACCGGCGGGGAUGGCCGCGCCAGGGGGGUUUGCGUUUGGGGCAAGCGGUGCGGCCACCCCGGCCAGCAGCGCCCCGACGGCGAGCUUCGGGUUCAGCGGUGGAGCGACGGGCGCCUUCUCAUUCAGUACGCCCACCACCACCACCACGCAAGGCCUGAUGCUGGGAGGAGGGCUGACGGGCGCCAGCUCUCUUGGGGGGCCAGGAGCAGGGGCCUCCGCCGCCAAGCUGCCGUUCAGCUUUGGCGCCGCCACCUCGACUGGCCUGACCCUGGGAGGGGUCUCGGCACCCACCAGCACGAUGGCCCAGUCCACCGGCCAGGCCACCGCCGUGUCCUUCGGACAGAAGCCCCUAGGCGGCGCACAAGGUACGGGCAUGGGUCUGAGUGGCGGACUGAGCCUGGGCGGGACCCCGCUCACGUCCGCCGCUGCCGGGUUUGCGCAGGGAGCCCCCCAACUAGCCACGGCUGCCCCCUCGGCCGGAUUCUCGCUCGGCUUGGGCCUGGCCAAGACCGAGACGACCACCGCACCGACUUCACUCGGCGGGACGACCAGAGGAUUUUCCCUGGCCGGCGCCGCUGCUGCCGUCGUGGCCCCCAGCGCCACCUCAGCCGCCAGCACCGCAACGUCGUCCUCCUCCUUCGGCUUUGGCACGGCGCCCGCCUCCUGCACGACCGCACAGCAAGUGGCGGGCGCGGCAGGCGCCGGGCUGGCGUCCUUCGCCGGAUUUAAACCGCCCGCUGCCGCCACCGCCACCAGCGCCGCCGCCAUCGUCUCGGCCGCCCCGGCCGCAAGCUCCGCCAGUGUGGCGCCGGUCAGCACCACCGCCACCAGUGCGGCACCCUCGCUAUCGUUCGGGCAACUGGAGGAGCUGCUGAACAAGUGGGGCUCGGAACUGGAGGAACAGGAGAAGCAUUUCCUGCACCAGGCGACGCAGGUCAACGCGUGGGACCGCACGCUCAUCGAGAACGGGGACAUGAUCACGUCUCUGCACAAGGAUGUGGAGAAAGUGAAGCUGGAUCAGAAGAGGCUGGACCAAGAGCUGGACUUCAUCCUGUCCCAGCAGCGCGAGCUUGAGGAUCUGCUGGUGCCACUUGAGGACUCGGUGAAGGAGCAAACGGGGACGAUCUACAUGCAGCACGCGGACGAGGAGCGCCAGCACACGUACAAGUUGGCCGAGAACAUCGACGCGCAGCUCAAGAGGAUGGCCCAGGACCUCAAGGAGAUCAUCGAGCACAUCAACACCUCGAGCAGCUCGCACAACUCCACCGACCCCCUGCAGCAAAUCUGCAAGAUCCUGAACGCGCACAUGGACUCUCUGCAGUGGAUUGACCAGAACACAGUCUUUCUGCAGAAGAAGGUGGACGAGGUGGCCAAGCAGUUUGAGACGCAGAGGAAGGAGCAGGAGCAUCCGUACCGCCUGGGCCUCAACUGAUUCUGGCCACAGUCCGCCGACAGACCCAGUUGCCCGCCGAUAGGAGCGAUCGGCCGUCCGGCCAGUUGUCUGUGGCUUAAGCCGUUCGCAAAACUACCGCCUGCAAAACAUUCCAUCGGCAUCCAUGUAAUAGUCUCGCUUUCGGUUCCUUGUCUUACGUUGAGACUGCCCUUGUUGAUGUCACUCACUCCUUCGUCCUGAUGCUCGGUGGUCGGCUACUUGUGGGCCAUAUUGAUCUUUUGUUUUUGAUGGAAGUGAAUUAUUUCUGUCCAAGGUCCCCAUGUAAAGUUCACCUGUGAGACGGAAUGAGUCUCUCGGCAGUGAAAUGAGAUUAGAAUUGGAAGCGUCGCCUGGGAGCUGUGGGUGUGGAGAAGCCGUACUCGAGUUUAUUUGCGUGUGUAAGUAAAAAAGGCUAUACGGGGGAUCUUUGUUUUUGUAAUAAACAAAGUCAAAGAUCCCCGUGUAUAGCCUUUACAGACCGUUGGGGCAAUUGCUGUUAGUGAGCGACACUUAUGAAGGCCGGCACGGCACACGAGGAGGUGGGUGGCCAACACCACGCCCGGUCGCCUUUGUCUCCCUAGUGGCGAUGUUUGCACACCGCACCAGGUACUCACUUGAGGCCGAGUCGACCUAGGGGAGGCCUAGGACCGGUUCAGAUAAUCGUCACUGCUGGUGUUGGUCGUGAGCUGAAAUCGAACUUGGUUCACUGUGUUCGUAGCGGCACUGCCGCUUUCCGCCCACCCACCAGUACAUGUGUAAACAACACGCAUGCACCAGCUUGGUAAAAUGUUAAGCGCGUGAGAGGGGAGCGCCGCUUCCAAUGACAGCACUGAGGCCUUCCCCCGCUGCCCAUUGCCGCUAAGCGCAACGCUCCCAGCUACAGUUAUUGCGCAGCCUGGGCAGAGCCGAGUUGGAGCGAUUCUGGAACUGCCCAGGUGAGGUGGGGGGGGUGCUUUCACAAUUGAUAUUUUACAACCCACAACAUUUUUACUACGACAUCUCCUUCCCCCCCACCGUCCCCCGUAAACUCCACCGCUGCCCCGUUUUUUUUGACCGCUGGCUUUCCCCGAACCUCCAGCGCUCGCUUGCGGUCGCUUAAACCUUUUAGACGUGAGGAGCGGUGUCGCUCCUGGUGUGCCACCCUGGUGUUGUUGGUGUCCACAGCUGGAGGUAAACUGCGCCAGCCCUCACGGUGACCUGCUAACGGCCUCCACGUCCUGCCCAGUGGUGCAGCAGCACUCGGAGCACCCCCAUCCUCCACGGCCUGUACCGCGUGGAAUAUUGUCGCUACUUUUUGGAUUUCUCAAAGUGUUGAGCCCUGUAAAGGUAAUAAAGAGUUAAAUUUCGA